CUAGUGACUUGUAGCGACUGGACAUUAAGGCUGUAAGAAACGAAUUUGUUAAUCGAUAUGCGGCUAGAUUUGAAAACUAACGAAGCAAAUUGAAUCGUGAAAAUACUGUUUUGCAAUGAAUUCCAGACCGAAAAACAGCAAAUUCCACCGUCAAACACAACAGAUUCUUGACAAAAGACCUUGUGAAGUUGUUCCAGUCGGUGCCUGGGUUGAACUGUGCCCACAAAAUGAUAAUGACGCGUUCGCAGCAGUGGUGGCAGCCCAAUAUGAGGGGGAACGUCUUCAGACGCUACAAGCAGAGAAGGAAGCAAAGCUAGCACGAUUCAGGCAGGAAGUAAGGUCAAGGGUCAGAGAACUGCAGCGGAUCAAGAAACAGAAGCAGCUGCAGGAAUCUUUUCAAGCAGUGAAUCUGCAAGGUAGGGUUGUCCAUCGCACCACCCCCUCGGCCAACAUCCUCUCACAUCGCAAAGACAACUGUAUCUACCAGAACAGUGAACCCCACGCCAUAGGCCGCACUGCUCCCCAGCCCACCCCAGAGGCCUGGGGGAGAGAGGGGCAAGAAGAUGGGGGACUGGUCAUCGGGCAGCAGGUCAGGGAACAGGCCGGAGUGUCAAGGAGACUGGUGCAGAAGGCUAAGCGUGAUUUGGCCGCGAAACAGCUGGUAGUCAAGCCCAAGAUGGAUAAACACAGUGUUCCUGGAGGCAUAUGGGGAUCUGCAUACUCUAGAGAUAAACCAACAGAGAUGGUUGACAAAAUUCCCACUGAUUCUGCAACUGGCGUCAAUGACCUUCAGACGUAUUCCACCACACACAGCAAUAGAAGAAUCCCUGAGGAUACCAUAGAAGAAGCGCUCUAUGACGAGAGUGGUGACUGUUACCCAAACCACCAGAACAGAGAGCCAGAAGAGUCGGGUGGUCCAAGGUCGAAGCACGUCACCUUUGCCCCCAGACUUCAGAGGUCACCUCAGCUGGCUGCAAAGGUCAAAGGUCAUCGCCAUGGCCACGGUGAUCACAGUGAACCCAGUGACCUUCAUCAUGUCUAUGUACCUCACUUUGAGGAAUACUUCACAGAUCAGCAGCAAGAAGAGUUACCUUUAUACAGCAAAGGCAAUGGUGACACAGAUGUCAAAGGUCAUGUCAUAAUGGGUGACGGGUUCAAGGGUCAUGUGCCAGAGGUCAACCCUGGCGUCGUAGCUGAAGAACAAAGGAGACAGCAUGGCAUGCAGUUCUCUAUGUACAGAAGACUUUACUCAGAUAUUGAGAGAGAACAAGUCAGAGAGAAGAUGAGGAAGAAAACACAUCACAAGAAAAUACAAGAGUUGAAAAAGGCAAAGGAGCAAGAGAGACUUGAAGUGGAGCACCAGUCUCAGCUCGUGAGCCAACCCGUCGAUAUCCUAAGAGAGUCAGACAAAGACAUGAGACGGAGAGAAAUGGAAGAGGCUGAAGAAAUCCAUAGGAUACAGACCAGAUUGAGACAGAAGAACAAAGAGACAAAAAGGUUUAUCCAAGCUUUACGAGCGAUGAUGAAAGAACGGAUCAAGCUUCUAGGCGUCACCCCUCCACCUCUGUGCGCCUGUGGGCCGUCUGUAUGGGACGCUAACCCUGAAACCUGUGCUAAUAACUGCAUCUUUUAUAAGAAUCCUAAAGCCUAUGCCAAGGCCCUUGCUUCUGUCCUGACGCUCAACGACACAGGAUGAAAUUAGUCUGAAGUAUAACAACACAACUAUUACCAAGCAACAUCGUGUGUCCUUAAUUUGAAGAUCUGGACCUGUUCAAUAGCUACUUUCUGUUAAAAC